UCUCUUUCAACCCUAGGAUGCUAUGACUCUAUGAGUUCAUGGGGAAGGGCUAAGAAUUGGCAGGGACCUAUUCAUUACACGCAUCUUUCAUUUUAUGUUUUACAGCUCACAAUUAUGAACAUGGAAAACCAAACUGUGGUGACAGAAUUUGUUCUCCUAGGACUUUCCAGUAACCCACAGCUGCAGAUUUUCCUCUUUCUGGUGUUUCUGGUUAUUUACGUUAUAACCCUUCUCGGGAACAUGAUGAUUAUCCUGCUGAUAAGGCUCAAUCCUCAACUCCAUACCCCCAUGUACUUUUUCCUGUUCCAUUUAUCCUUGGUUGACAUCUGCUACUCCUCCGUCACAGUCCCGAAGAUGCUGCAGAACUUCCUAGCUGAGAGAAAGACAAUAUCAGUCAACGGCUGCAUUGUACAGAACUUCUUCUUUCUUUUCUCAGGAGGCACUGAGGUUUUCAUCCUCUCGGCGAUGGCCUAUGAUCGAUACGCUGCCAUCUGUAACCCCUUGCAUUAUGUAGGGACCAUGAAUAAACAAGUCUGUGGUCACUUGCUUGGUGGCUCUUGUCUAUCUGGGUUCUUGUACGCGUUGGCCAACACUUUGUCCAUAUUAAGCUUGCAUUUCUGUGGUCCUAACGAAAUCAACCAUUUCAGCUGCGAGCCCCCUCUGCUCUUGAUCUUGUCCUGUUCAGAGACACUGAUGCCUAAAUUGGUGCUUCUUACAUCUAUUAUAAUUUUUGGAUCAAGCUCUUUCCUUCUCACCUUCGUGUCCUACACUUACAUCAUCUCUGCCAUCCUGAGGAUACACACUGCAAAAGGCAGGCGGAAAGCCUUCUCUACCUGUAGUUCCCACCUCAUUGUGGUUGUGUUAUUCUAUGGCACAGGUUGUUUCCGGUACAUGAAGCCUACUUCUGAAGUGUCUGGCUUUGAUAGAAUAAUUUCCAUCCAGUACAGCAUCUUAACCCCCAUGGUCAACCCCAUCAUCUAUAGCCUGAAGAACAAGGAUGUGAAAAUGGCUCUCUGGAAGCUAUUUGCAAAAUUCAAGUUUCCCAAGGAAUCUUAA